AAUGGUCAGGCCAUAUUUGUAUAUCACUUAAUGUGAAAAAUUUUAUAACACAUAUGUUCGCAUUGUCACUUUAACAAUUUUAUAGUUUUUUCUUGUGUGAAAUUACAGUCAUAAAACUUACGAUUUUAACAAUUUACUCUUGUUUCACAGGCCGUCAUAAUUGGUCAAGAAACUCAAAAAAUCCUCUUUUUGGGAGUGCGAAAUAGAUACUGUAGCAUUUGUUCUGUGGCGAAAUCUAGGUCCAAGAGCAUACCACAACAUACAUGCUACAAAAAUCACACUGGCCCUUCCACAAAAAUGGAACGGGACAUAAUUUGCGAAGGGUUUAACUGCAGCAUCGAAAUGCAUGGAAUAAUGUACAAACAUUAUAUAGGAGAUGGCGAUGCUGCAGUUAUGUCAGCAAUACAGCAAACGUGUAAUUAUGGACGAUACGUCACUAAAGUUGAGUGUGCGAAUCAUGCCACCAGAGCAUUUAGUGAAAAAAUCCACAAGUUGGCAUCCAACACAACAUAUUCACUAGAAGGAAGGAAAUUGUUAUUACAAACCGAUGAUGUAAACAAAAUAUCAAGAUCUGAACGACUGGUGAAAGGAACUCGAACAGCCAUAAAAGAAUCUGCUCAGAAGCAAGGGACAGACGCAAUUGAAAUCCUUAGGCAAGAUUUGCGAAAUGUUCCCGAUCAUGUUUUUGGGAAUCACAAGAAUUGCCGCUCAACUUUUUGCAAGAGAAAAGAAUCUGGAGAAAAAAAUUUGCUUCCUGAUUUAGAAAAAGCAGGUCUCCUACAACCUAUCAGGAAUUUAAUGGCAAAUUUGGAGAAAAAAGCCGACAAACUUGUUACGAACAGUACUACGAACGCUGCGGAACGGUACAUGGCUCUAAAUGCUAAAUUCACUGGAGGAAAACGCAUCAAUUUUGGCAAACGCGGCAGUUAUUACAGGCGUUGUUAUGGGGCAGCGAUCGCUCACUCUUGUGGUCCUGGUUGGCACACAAGUCCUUGGAAGAAAAUGCAUGGUCGGAGUCCUGGGUCUGCAUGCAAGAAAAUGUGCAACCGACGUGAGAGGAAAUCUUCCAAACGUAAACUGAACUACCAAGAAAAUGGUGCUCCAAAGAAGAAAAGGAAGACUGGUGGAGGACCAGAUCGACAUUAUGGAAAUGAAGAAUUGAUGCUAGAUCCUGAUGUAUCAGAGGAAGAAAUGAUUAGUCGUUGUGAUCAGCUUUUACUUAAGGUUAAAGAAGAGGCUGAAAGCAAAGAAAAGAGGGAUUGUGUUGAGAUCGCCACGCGAGGUCAGCAUGACAAUGAAAAAUGGUACGAGUACAGAAUGAAUCGGUUGACGGCAUCAAACUUUGGAACUGUCAUACUUCGCCGUGAUUAUACACCUUGCCAUAACCUAGUAAGAAAUUUAUUGUUUCCUAAGGAACUUAAUACAGCAUCUGUUAUGUACGGAAGAGUUCACGAACCUGAAGCAUUAUCUAGGUACAGUUCUGAAAAAGGAGUAGUCGUAAACAGAUGUGGUCUCUUCAUUUAUGAAAAUCUACCAUUCCUCGCUGCAACUCCGGACGGUAUCGUGGAUGAAGAACUGUUGGUGGAAGUGAAAUGUUUGCCAUCUGUAAAAGACAGAAAAUUAUGGGAUGUCGCUGAAGACAAAAGUGCAUCUAUAUGCUUGGAAAUUAAAAAUGGAAAACUUAGUUUGAAGAGAAACCAUAGGUUUUACUACCAAGUUCAAGGACAGCUCAAUAUUACAGGAAGGGAAUUAUGCGACUUUGUGAUUGCAACACCAAAAGAUUUCUACAUUGAAAGGAUAGAGAAGGACGAAUUUUUUUGGAAGAACACAAUGCUGCCAAAAUUAGAGAAGUUUUAUCUCCAAUGCAUGCUACCAGAAAUAGUAGAUAGUAGAAUCAAGAGAAAUCUGAAGGUCCGUGAUCCACUCUACAUUAUCCAGGCACAAGAGAAGUUCCGAAACAAGAAAACAUCUGCAAAAUAAACUGUUAUGAACAAUUUCAAAACAAAAGCGUAAGGUGUAAUAAAGACACUACUGCAAUUUAAAAAUAAUGACACGGAGUAAGUGUGCGAUGUACCACAGGGUAGUUUAUUUUGCCGAUCUGAUCUAAAACCUUAAUUAGAUAUUCUUGGCAUAUAAUUAAAUAAUUUGUAUUAAUUUCUCUUACUGUUAACGGAAGGAAAUAUUGACGCAAUGUGAAAGUAUUUCCACAACUUACGAAUACUAACUUCUCCAAUUGGCUAUGGAGAGUAGAGACGUUUUUGACCAAAGAGGGAGUAGACGACGUGAUAAAUAUCUCGGACAUCACCAAAGGGGAAUUGUCAGCGGAAGAAAGGCGACAGUUUGAUGUGCGUGAUAAAAAGGCUAAAUGGGUCAUAGCUCAAUGUGUAUCAGAUAAACACCUGGAGAUAGUGAAAGGGGCAACCUCAGCUAAAGAAAUUAUGGUUUCUUUAAAGAAUGUUUUUGCCCGGAAGAGCCCCAUAUCCAAAUUAUUUGUGAUGAAGAAACUCUUGAAAUUGAAGUUUUACUCAGGUGAGCUGCAGGAACAUUUCCUUGUAGUUGAGACUAUGCUUAGUGAGUUAGAAGCAUUGGGGGCAGUUUUAGACGAAACAGAUAAGGUCUGCUAUCUAUUAUUGACUAUGCCGGAGAAAUUUAGCAGUGUUAUCACAGCCAUUUAGACGAUGACUUCAAACAUAACUUUAGAGUUCGUGAAGAGACGACUCCUGGAUGCAGAACUUCGAAUGGUGGAUGAUCAUAUGUCACCAUCCUAGGGGUCUGGCUGUUCGUUUGCGGCGAAAAGAUCAAAGGUGAAGUGUUUCGGCUGUGGUGAAUAUGGUCAUUACAAGAGACAGUGUCCAGUGUUAAAGCGGAGAGGUUCGCUUUCCUAUACGCCUCGGAAGGGUUUCUGUGGCAGGAGACAUGAUUUACAAAAUGUAAAUGUUGCAGAUGGAAUGCCACCGGUAAGUGCUGAACAGAAUGAUGUGGUGUUUAUAGCUUCAACUUCUUUGAUGAGUAACGAUGAACGAUCUCACGCCAUUACUUUUGUGUGUGACUCAGGUGCAUCCGAGCAUAUGAUAAAUACUGAUUAUAGGUCUCUCAUGACAGGCAUUGAGACAUUAAAGGAACCUGUUGCUAUUGUUGUAGCAGGUGGAAGUAAAAUUCUCGUUGCAAAUGAAAAGGGAAAUAUUGUUUUUGAUAAAUGUACAUUGACAAAUGUUUUGAUUGUAAAUAACUUGAGAUACAAUCUUCUUUCUAUAUCAAGGGUGUGUGCAGUUGGGUAUCAAACAACCUUUCUUAAUGAUAAGAUGAUAAUAAGCAAUGAAAGUAUACCUGUUCUCGUAGGCCAAAAAAUUGGUAAACUGUAUGUAGUAGGGCUGAAUUGUUCGGUAACUGGAAAUGAACCUGUGCCCAGUGUAGGGAUGUCUACUUGGCAUGAGAGGUUAGGUCACCCAGGUGAGGAGGCAAUGAGAACAUUGGGUAAGAUGACAGGAAUUAAAGGUAUGGAAGCAGUAAGAGAUUGUAAAGUAUGUAUUGAGAGUAAGUUGACUAGAAAACCAUUUAAUUCGAUAAGUCCUAAUGGAAAAAGGUGUCUUGAGAUAAUAUGCUGUGACUUGUGUGGUCCCAUUAAGCCUACUACAUUUGAUGGGUAUAAUUAUUUUCAGACUAUAAAAGAUGCAUAUCCUGGUUUUUGUAUGGUGUUUCUGUUGAGGAGGAAAGAUGAAGCCUGUGAAAAUGUGAAAAGCUUUAUAAAAUCAGCAGAAAGGCAGUUUUCUUCUGAUAAUCGCAAGGUGUUGAGAAUACGAUGUGAUAAUGGGGGUGAAUUUUGUUCUGCAAGUUUUCAAGGCUGGUGUUUCAGGAAAGGUAUUCAGCUGGAAUAUACUCCUGUCUAUAAGGUAAAUGCACCUAUUAUGGGACCCCUUUUAAAUAAAAUUCAUAUAUUUUUAUUAAGUGAACAUAAAUUAACAUUUAAUGUAUAAUGAAUCACUUGAUAUGUUUAACUAUACAAUGCAAUACAUACAUUUUGUUUUAAACUAAUAAAUUUAUGUCCUCUGCAAAAAAAGGAAGACACUGCACUUUUCCAAAGGAAAAAAAAAGGUUUCCUAAUAUGGGACACAUUAUUUCUUUAUCCUCUUUUGGCACUGAGGACACACAAAGUGACUGUCAGUGGCACCACAAUGUUCAUGAGGCCAACGACAGCAGACAGUACACUGUAGCCACUGUUCGCCAUGUUUGUCAUCUGAAAAUAUUAAUCCACAGAAGAGGCACUCAGCAUCGUUGUCUUCUUCACCAGAGCUAUCUGAUAAUAUGUCGAAAUCAUCAUCCGACUCGUCUCUGCUGGAUUGUUCCAUUAAUCUUCUUGUACAACUUCAUGAUCUUGACUUUUGUGUGUUGGCAGAAGGUUUUUUCGUCAGGGUUUUAUGACAUUUCCCUGCAGCUUCUUUUUUAUUUUUUGCUGUUGUAGCUCUUUCCAAACUCUUCAGGAGAUCGGAUUUGUAAGGCGAUGAGGUUAUUACAGAUGCUUUGCCACAUCUUCGGCUUUGUACAUUUGCUGAAAGACUAGGAAGUGGCUUAAUGUCUUUAGGAGAGAUAGGUAUGAUGUUCAUAGUUUGAGCAGGACUAGCAUCAGAAGGCCCUGUGCCAGAAAAAUGUGGGCGAUCCAUAGGCAGAACAGGCUGAGAAUUAGAUGGUCCUGCACCAUGAUGUGUCAUUCGAAGUGGCGAUGAUAGUUGCACUGGUAUGAACAUCUCUAUCAGGAAUUUCUUGACAACUGUGAAUUACAAAGUCACAAUCACGAAACGCAUGACUGUUGAAUGGGUACAAUCCUGUUUUGCGGAAUGCAUUGACUGCUAUUUCCAUUGCUGCAGCUCGUCGAUAUGCUGCACUUAACAACUUUGCAACCAAGAGUGGUGUUACAAUACGGUUAGGGUUGUUUAUUAAAAAAGACUGUAUUUCUGAGGCAUAAUAGGUUUUCAGUGGCUUCAUGAAGCCUACAUCCAGUGGCUGCAUUUUGUGUGAACUGUGAGGAGGGAUACAAAUGAUUGAUACGUGGUUCUCUCUAGCAAAUCGUAUCACAUCAACAUUUCUGGUGUGUGAGUAGUGGUCAUCGAGAACAAGAAGAACAGGGUCUUCAAGUGAUGUCUUUGUACAUUCAAUAAAAUUAUCAAACCACUUUGUGAACAAAUCCCCCUGAAUCCAUCCAGUGGCUGCAUUUUGUGUGAACUGUGAGGAGGGAUACAAAUGAUUGAUACGUGGUUCUCUCUAGCAAAUCGUAUCACAUCAACAUUUCUGGUGUGUGAGUAGUGGUCAUCGAGAACAAGAAGAACAGGGUCUUCAAGUGAUGUCUUUGUACAUUCAAUAAAAUUAUCAAACCACUUUGUGAACAAAUCCCCCUGAAUCCAUCCAGAAGGGUGGCAUCCCCAAAUAGAACCAGCUGGUGCCCCAUCCAUGAGUUCUAUUUUCAUAUUCUUCCUUGGACACACUAUCAAUGGAGGGACAACAGAACCAACUGCAUUCAUGCAAGUAACGACUGUUAUGAGUGACCCUCUCUCAGCUGAUGUCAGUGCAACUACUUCUCGUUUUCCUUGCAGGGAUAUUACCUUCUCAGCUCUGUGCUGUACCACAGUUACCCCAGUCUCGUCAACAUUGUACAACCUGUGAGAACGGCCUUUAAUUUUGUCAAAUUCAGUUACAUAGAGCUCAAAAUUUUUUUUCACAUUUUCAGGACUGAAACCUUUAACUCUGGCGUGAGAAAUGCCUUAGGGAACUCUUAAUGACAACUGUGGAUGAUGCUUUAAGAAAGAACCCAUCCACUUCUUACCAGCUGAUACAUAAUUUUUUUCUGAGAAUGGAUGUUUGAUACCAUUAGUAAUGGCGAGUUGGAAGGCCCUCCUUUUAAUAUCACAUUUCCUCAACCCAUAAAACCUUUUAUCCAUCUCAAUGCAGUACGUUACAAGUUCAUUUUCUAGUUUACAGGUUAAUGUAGGCCUUCUUCCUGAUGGCACAUUUACCAAAUCAUCAGAACGUUAUUCAGUAUUUUUCACAUACCUUUCCACUGUGCUUUUUGGUACCCCAAAAUGUUUCGCUGCUGACUUGUAACCCAUAGUACCUGUUUGUAUAGCUUUGACAGCUAGGAUAAUCUGCUCCUUGUCCCAUUUCUUCCUUUUCGGAUUUCGGCUAGGAUCCAUCUAAAAGCAAAACAUUAAUAUGAAAGGCAAUAAUAAAGUUCAAAUAAAUGUAAUUUUAGGCAAAGAAAACUGUUAAUUUAUGCCUAUGAAUUUAUAUUCUAAGUCCAGCAUUAAUUAUGAAAUAUGUCAUUUCAGUUUGUUAAUAACGAAAAUUAUAUUGCUAUACAUUAGAUAUGAAGCAAUUUAAUUACAUUAUAACAUAAUAAAUCAUCAUUGUAUUGUAACAAGGCGAUAUCUAAAUGAUACUCUGAUGUUUAAAUGCAUAACACUUUAUUUAGCAGGAAGCUCUUAAUAUGAGACCCGGUUCCUAAUAUGAGAUAGUAUCCCAUAAAAGGGUACUCUGUAGGUCUCAUAAUAGGAGCCAUCAAUACGCAACAAAAGUCAUUGUGUUGCGGAUAUAAAAAGUGCACGAAACACAAUCUCACUAGCAUGCACAUAACCACUCAUCUAUAUAGCAAUCAGUGUGUAUGAAUGUUAUAACAAGUAACCUUACCUUGAUUUAUAUGUAAGCCGUUUCUGUUAUCUCGGUGGAAAACUCGAUGGCUCGUAAAACACAAAAUUGGUAACCACGCUUGUCUGCACAUUCGCUCGCUAAUAAAAACAAUACACACGCAAGAAAACGUUCCCUACACCGAGUUAGUGUAUUGUCCGCUAGAGUUCAGGAGCUCCCGGCUGAGAAAGUCUAGGGUCUCAUAUUAGGAAAGGUCUCAUAAUAGGUGCUUUUACCUUACACCUCAGUUAAAUGGACAAAGUGAGAGAAUGAAUAGAACUUUGUUAGAGAAAUCCCGGUGUUUGAUAGGAAACUUAUCUAAAUACCUAUGGGGGGAAGCUGUUAGGACAGCAGCAUUCUUGUAUAAUAGAACCCCUAGAUACAAUGGCCUAGUACCAGCUGACACAUGGUAUGGGGGGGAAAGUCAAUUACCAUAAGAUCAGGUUGUUUGGGAGUAAAGCUUUCAUUAAGGACAACCAUCCAUCUCUGGGGAAAUUGGAUACGAGAAGCAUUGAGGUUUACAUGGUAGGGUACGCUUCAAAUGCUUACAGGUUUUUUGAUCCAAGCAAGAGACAAAUUGUAGUGUCAAGGGAUGCAAAGUUUCUGGAGGAUGAGACGUACUUUGAAUAACAAUAUGAUGUAGAACCAUUGAAAGUAAAGGUAAAUGGUGUGGACAGGUUAGAAACAGUAUCAUGUGAUAUUGAAAAGGAGAGAAUGUCUGAUGAGGGUAUAGAGGAAGGAGGAAGGAGAUCAGAAAGAACGAGGGUACCUCCAGUGUGGCAUAAAAACUAUAUUACUGAGGACUAUACAACGCAAAUAGCAUUGAAUGCAUGGGGGUUUCUCGAUCCUAAUUUUCCCUUGACAGUGUCUGAUUUGAAAGAUAACAGACAGGGAUUCAUGGGAAGAUGCAAUGCACGAGGAGAUACGUGCCCUAGAAAAGAACCACACUUAGGAGUUAGUUGAAAAACCAAGUGGUAAGACAGUAAUAUACUCCAAAUGGGUUUUUUUCAGAAAAAGAGGUAAAAGGUAAAUUAAUUAAGAAGGCAAGAUUAGUUGCCAGAGGGUGUUUUCAGGAAGCAAAACCAGAUGAAGAAAUAUAUGCCCCUGUAGCUAGGAUGCAUACUAUUAGAAUUUUGUUAUCACUAUCAUUACAGAUGGGCUGGGUUAUUAACCAAUUAGAUGUCAGAAGUGCAUUUUUGUAUGGAGAACUAAAUGAUCCAGUUUUCAUGAAAGUUCCUGAAGGGAUUUGUGGGUCUGAAAAGAAUAAAAAUCUUGUUUGCAAAUUAAGGAAGGCUUUGUAUGGUCUGAAACAAUCCCCCAGAUGCUGGUACGAAAGAUUAAGCAAGGAACUAUUAAGACUUGGUUUUAAGCGAUCAAACUCUGAUCCUUGCUUGUUUUUUAAGAAGGGCUUAUACAUUUUGGUCUAUGUUGAUGAUCUAAUGGGUUUUUCUGGUGAUAAAGAAAAAAUUCAAAACCUUAUAGUGACUUUAAAAGAAACAUUUGAAAUGAAGGAAAUGAGUGAGGGAACUGGAGUUUUUAUUUUCCUUGGACUAGAAAUUAUUUGUACAGAUGGAAGUAUAUCUAUUAGGCAAUGUAAAUUGAUUGAGAAAAUAUUGGAAAGAUUUCAAAUGAAAGAGUGUAAAUUCUCAGACUUGCCAAUGGAAAUUAAAUUAGACUUGCAACCUUCAGAUGAAUGUGACAAUAAUUUGCCGUAUAGAGAACUUAUUGGGUGUUUGAUGUAUGUAAUGCUGGGUACUCGACCAUAUUUGAGUUUUCCUAUUGUAUAUUUCAGUAAGUUUCAGAAUUGUUUUGGAAACAGUCAUUUUAAGUAUUUGAAAAACAUCCUAAGAUAUUUAAACAAAACAGAGUAUUGUCUUAGAUAGUCUAAACAAGUGUGUAAUGUGAUAGAGUCAUACGUAGAUGCAGACUAUGCAAAUGAUAAAAUUGAUAGGAAAAGUAUUACAGGGUACCUACUUCAUUAGGAUAUUUGGUAAUAAUGUGAUAUGGAAAUGUAAAAAACAGAGUUGUGUUAGUCUAUCCAGCACUGAAGUUGAAUACGUAGCCUUGGCUACUGCUGCUACAGAGUGUAUCUUUGUGAAAAAGAUGUUGACAGAACUUUCAGAAUUAAGGAAUAUUGAAGUUAUUAUGUAUGAGGAUAAUCAAUCCUGCAUAAAAAUGGCAUGUACUCUUGAGACAAAAAGAUCUAAGCAUAUUCAUGUGAAAAACAAUUUUGUAAAAGAGCUUGUACAAGAGAAUAUUGUAAAACUUGUGUAUGUUGAUUCAGAUAACCAAAUAAGUGACAUUUUAACCAAACAGGUACCCUACUGUCAAUUUGACAGAUUUGUUUCUGAGUUAGGGUUGUCAAAAUUGGGGGAAGGUGUUGGUAUUAGUCAAUUUUAAUGUGUAUGGGAAUUUGUCUUUAUGUUUAAUGCUCAGUUGGUGGUACUGAUUUGUGUAUUACCUUGGAAG